AUGGGCCCGAACGAGAUCGCGCCCUGCGUCGCCAGCAAGCGCCUCGCCCCCGGCGAGUCCUUCGACCUCAAGGAGAGUCUGUCGCCCGACGGGGGGGGUCUUCGUCCGAGCCUGCAGAUAUCGCUUCACGGUGGGAGGCAUUUCUUUGGGGCUUACCGCGCCGUUUCUCGGUGCCCGCAAGACAUGACGAUGUCGUGUCCCGAGAUCCGUCUCCUGGGCUCGCAAGAUUGCAGGAACGCGGACUUCGUUGUCAAUGGGAACCGUGAUUUCAAGAGGGAUGGAUUUGGAAGCUGUCUCAUUUUCAAUGACGAUGGAGUCAAGACAGUCAAGCGCCGCUCGGAGAGACAGGGGACAUCAUCAAUCAUCAGCGGCAUGGGAUCCUCUGAUGGACUGCAACUUAUAUUAAAACCUCAUGUCUGGAACCAAAAGAAUCGGUAUUUGGCGACUGGAUUCCGUCUCCAAAUUUAUUCUCCCGGAGCAGAAUACGAAACUAUAUUUGGAAAGGAAUAUGAGGUAAACUUGGGAACGAUUUCUCACGUCACUCCCAAGAAGCUGGUAUUGCAGCGACUUCCUCCAGACGAAGGUGGAGAUUGUGCUCCAGCUUCCUACCUCGAAAAGCGGUUUGACCUCAACAUGUUCAAUCUUAAAACCAAAUAUGAAUACACCAACCAGGGUCUGGGUCGUUUUGCGUAUACGGACUCCUCUCGCUUCAGAAAGACAAUCUGGCUUCUCGUCUUCAUUACCGCAUCGUGUUACAUGACCCACGGGAUCAUCGGAGUCUUCACGGCGUUCAUGUCUGGUGCAGUGACUACCUCGACUCAGAGGGAUGGGUUUGGAAGCUGUCUCAUUUUCAAUGACGAUGGAGUCAAGACAGUCAAGCGCCUCUCGGAGAGACAGGGGACAUCAUCAAUCAUCAGCGGCAUGGGAUCCUCUGAUGGACUGCAACUUAUAUUGAAACCUCAUGUCUGGAACCAAAAGAAUCGGUAUUUGGCGACUGGAUUCCGUCUCCAAAUUCAUUCUCCUGGAGCAGAAUACGAAACUAUAUUUGGAAAGGAAUAUGAGGUAAACUUGGGAACGAUUUCUCACGUCACUCCCAAGAAGCUGGUAUUGCAGCGACUUCCUCCAGACGAAGGUGGAGAUUGUGCUCCAGCUUCCUACCUCGAAAAGCGGUUUGACCUCAACAUGUUCAAUCUUAAAACCAAAUAUGAAUACACCAACCAGGUGAGGAAGGCUCCAUAG